AUGCCUCCACUUCUUACCCCCAAAGCUGCAAGACGUCGUCUCGAAGCAAUCGUUCGAACAGACCAAGAAAAGGUCCUCUCCCUAUUGCCGACCGGUGCAAAACUCUCGAUUGCACUUGACUGUUGGGCAUCUCCAUUCCAUCAGGCUUUCAUGGCUAUCACUUGCUAUUUUGUAGAUUCUGAAUGGAAUUAUCAUGAGAUCCUUCUUGGAUUUGAACCAAUAUAUGGUCAACAUACUGGUACUCAUCUUAGUGCAGUGUUGCAAAGGGUGCUACAUCAACAUAAGAUCAUUGAUCGAACCCUUGCAGUGACUAUUGUUAACGCGUCAAACAACAAGACGCUGGUUGAAAGCCUCCAUCAAUCAAUCGAAGCUCUAAGUUUUCAAGCAACACACGCAUUUUGCGAAUCCCAUGUCUUGCGCAUCUUGAAGGAUCUGCUCGGACUGAUGAAAGCCAAUCCUAACAAUGACACUACUCACACAAUUCGCAGUUUUGCUAUAUUUAUCAACGCUAGCCCUCAACGAAGGGAGCUCUUUUUAAAUCUCCAGGAAACUGAGCUGAAGCUUGCACCAAUACAGGAUGUUCGAACUCGCUGGAACUCAACGUACCUGAUGCUUCGAAGGGCAAACCCACACAAGAGUGGCGACAGGUUGAUUACUUGCUUUGCAUCACAAAGCCCUUUUACCCCUGGACUGUUGGACUCUCGAAGAUCAAUCUUUGAGGUAUACAAUGUGCUAUUUCGCCAUUUUGAAGACGCACAACGUCUACUCGCUCAAAAGAGAGUUCCUUGGAAGCAGACUAUGCUUUCUGCAUUGAAAUCAGGAGAGCGGAAGCUUUCAGCUUACUACCGUGAUACUGAGGAGACUCAUGGACAUCUUUAUGCAAUGGGGACGAUUCUAUCCCCUUUGCUUAAGCUGGACUAUUUUAAGGGUGAGGACUGGGUUGGAGAUGAUCAAGAUUGGUAUCAUGAGUAUUAA